ACGAAAGGACAUCUUUUUCCGUAACGAUGCACCGUUUCAUUCAAUUCAAUUUCCUUCAAAUUUGACCGUGCUUAAUAAAUAAUAAUAAUAAUAAUAGUUCCUGACCGCACGCACCCACUCUCUGAUUCCAACCAAACGGACGUUUUCUUCUCUUUUAAUUCAACCUCUGGUUGAUUCAUGGUGAUGGUGAUGCAUUUUUGAAUGCUCGAAUCAAUUCUCGGUGGAUGAUUUAGAGGAUUGGUUUUCCGUUUCUGCUUUAUCUGACGAUUUUGUUGCUCUUCGUUUUAUCGUGAAUCUGGACUGAAGUAUCGGCGAUUCAGGUAGAUUCUCAUUAACUAUUAAAAUUCUUCACAAGAAAUCUGGGAUAAUGUUGGGAGGCAGCAAUAGCAAUCAUAUGCUUCCUGUUUUCCUGGGCGAGAGUGGUUUCCAGUGUCACACAAAUGCAUCAAAUCAGUUGCAGUUAUUUGGGAAUUUACCAGCUGGGUGUGGUGUUGAUCCUGUAAAUUACUUUGGAAAUGAGCUUAACACUUCCAUGCUUCAGCCCAACAAACGAGGUAGGGAAGCAGAAGAUUUCACAAGGCGGCAAAAACUUCAUAUUUCUUUGAAUGAAGCAGAAGAAAUCUCGAGGCGGCAAAAGCAUCAAAUUUCCUUGAAGUAUAACAUUUCUCAAGAUGAAGCUGACCGAUCUGCAAGUUUUCUCAUCCAGAAUCCUGUGUCAACUGGGCUAAAGCUAUCAUAUGAUGAUGAUGAGCACAAUUCCUCUGUUACAUCAAGUGGAAGCAUGACAGCGGCACCAUCAGUCAUCCUGUCACUUGGUGACAGUAUUAGGGCUGAGCUCGACAGACAGAAAGAAGAAUUUGAUCAGUACAUCAAAAUUCAGGAAGAACACUUGGUGAAGGGGGUAAGGAACAUGAGGCAGAGACACAUGACUUCCUUCCUGGCUCCCAUAGAGAAAGUUGUCAGAAAGAAGUUACGUGAGAAAGAUCUUGAGUUAGAAAACAUGAACCGCAAGAAUCGGGAACUGGUUGAGAAAAUAAAGCAGGCAGCGGUUGAAGCCCAGAAUUGGCACUACAAAGCAAAGUACAAUGAGUCUGUGGUUAAUCUCUUGAAGAACAACCUCCAGCAUGCAAUUUCACAGGGGGCUGACCAAGGGAAGGAAGGAUUUGGAGACAGUGAAGUUGAUGAUGCUGCUUCUUAUAUUGACCCACACAAUAUGGCCAUACCAGGUGGCCCUGGGAGGGCAAAUUCCCAGAAUAAAGAAGGCUUGAAGGACCAAAUGAUUUGCCGAGCAUGCAAGAGUAAGGAAGUUUCCAUCUUGUUGAUUCCUUGUAGGCACCUGUGUAUAUGUAAGGAAUGCGAGGGGUUAAUUAGUGUUUGUCCCGUCUGCCAGUCUAUGAAAACUACCGGCGUGCAGGUGUACUUGUCCUAAGUAAUCAAUCAAAUUGCUUACAGGUGGAAAAUUACCGACACACCUGAAAUUGUGAAAUUAUGACAUGUAUUUGGAUUAACCAUACUUUUCAUAAGAUGGAAAAUUGGAGUGGUGAUUUUUAAUGAUUGGCGGCUCUGCGGGUUGUUUCAGCCUUCCAAGCAGGGUGCUUUUGCUC